AAAAUGAGCUCUUCUCAAAGGAGAUGAUAACUAACGACGCGAUGGAACAUUUUUCCAAAAUGUAAAUAAGGCUUUUAAUUUGAUUUUUUUUGUGCAAGUAAAGGAUUCCGAGAUGGAGGAAGAAUCGAAAACUAAAACUCUUUUCGAGCAAAUGAAUGUUGGGGUGCUGAAAUAUUUAGAGAACAAAAGAGGAGUUUGUAAACUUGAAUUGGAGCCAAGGAGACCUGCAGAAAGACCAAAUAUACUAGCAUGGGAACAGAAAAAUACAGUUUUUUUGCCAGAGGAUUUGAAGAGUUUCUUCAUGACAUCUGAUGGAUUUCAGUUAACAUGGUGUGUUAAAAUUGAAAAUGGGCCUAUACCUGUUGGAAAGAUGUAUCUGAACAGUAUUAGCAAGAUGCUCAAGUUUGGUGGUUCCACAAAUAACACUCUAGUCAAUCCAAGUCUAGCUGACCUAGAUGCAGACUCCGAUAAUGAAGAUGAAACUUCAGGGACAGAAAAACCAACAUUUGAUUGUCGAUGUAAGAUAUUUGAGUUAGAUCCCUGUGACGGUUAUGGAAAAGUCUGUCUUGUGUAUAAAGAAAAUAAAACAGAACCAGAAUAUAAAAAGUCAGCUGACAUAGUCUCAAAAGUGUAUACCUCCGAUUACAUGAAUUAUGGUGGUACAGAUCCAAAAAUAGAAGUGUGGUUCCUGGACCGAGCCUUGCGCUGGCACUACAUUGCCGAGUCAUUCACAGCGUACUACCGGCUAAUGAUCAUGCACCUUGGACUGCCACAGUGGCAAUAUGCUUUCACAGAUAUUGGACUCUGUCAACAAGCAAAGCAAUGGUUUAAUAUGUAUGCUCCACUCCGCCUCGAACUUGAUGCAGAGAUUGGCAUGCCAGGUAUUUCAAGAUCAGAAUCAAGCACCUCAACAACACAGAUUGAUGUAGGGAAAGUUUUCAAAGGAAAAUCAGAUAAAAAAAAACCUGUUCCUGCCCAGACACAGUCUCAGCAAUCGCAAAGUCUCCGGAAGAAACCAACAGUAGCCUCAGCAAAGGUUGGCCAACAACCAGGGUUAAAGACGAGUAGUUCAGCAUCGCAGUUAGCUGGCAAGAAAUGAAACAUUUUGUAGCUGUUGGAAGAGUUUGCAACCAUACACAUGUAUCGUCAGUAAUGCCUCAGGGCUUUACUCGUCAGUUAAAAGGCAAGAGAGUUAUACUUUACACUAACAUGAUGCCAUGAUACAAAAUAUAUCCGUGUGAAAUUCUUCAUCUAAUAUCGGAAAACGCUGUUCAAUAUUUUAUAAGGUUUUCUAAUAAAUUAACUUAUGUUUACUUUGUUUCUUAAAUAACAAUUUUAAGUAUUUUCAAGAAAUUGAUGUAUAAAAAUUUACAUGUCAUACCUUAAAAUGAAUUAGCUACAUGUUUAUUUUGCGUGUAUAAUUUACAAUCCUGUAUAUUUAUGUAGUUUUUUACAUAUAAUCACGGAUUUCUAUUUUAAGAUGUUCAUAAAAUAGUUUUUAACUUUCUUAUAGUGAUAUAAGAUAACCUUGCAUGAGGGAUUAAAAUUUAACAUCAUGUGGUUUUCUUUGUAAAUAAGAUGUCUUUGCAGGGAAUUAAGGUUGCUGAUUUCAAAAUUCAUUAAGUGCAUAAUGACUAAACAACAUUAAUCCUAAACAACAACAAUCCGUAGAUGUAUUUUGAUUUGUCUUAUAAAUUAGUUGAAUUUCUAGAGGAAACGUGAUCAGUAGAGGUGUAAUAUGUAAUAUUGUAAAAUAAAUUCUUGAAAAAGUAUGACCCCUUGGAAGCAUUAAUCAUAAGAAAAUAACAAGAAAAUUGCAGACUUAGUUUGAUUGGGUCUGCACAGGAGGAUAAUAAAAAAAAUGCAACAUCCCUAUUUAGUUUUUGUUAAAAUGGAAUAUUUGCCUUGUAAAUGAUAAUUAUAUUUAAAAGUGAAUGUCCAUGAGUAUGCAAUUUUCAGUAAUUAUGUUACUUUGAAACGAUUUUAUUUAUGUUGAGAUAUGCUUUAAUUUGAAUUGCAUGUUAUAUGUACAUUAUGAAUAUAAAAUAAUACCGUUGUAUGAGAAAUUACAUUUAGAAGUAAUACACUCUACGGUAUAUAUAUUAAAGAUAUAUUAUGAUUUUAGAAUAUUUUUAAAUGUUCUGCCUGUGAUAAUGUAUUUUUUUAAU